AUGCUUCCACGAGGGAGUUAUAGCAGGAAGUCUGCGAGUCGCCAUUAUAGGGACAGUGAGCAAGAAGGGGAAAAUCAUGCAGGUUCAAGUACUAGACGCGAAUUUCUCCAGACAAAUUGCCAGACACAAAGAAUUGUCGACACGGCUGGGAAGAACUCAGCCAGAUAUCAUAGCAGUAUAGCCAAGCAAAGAAGACCAAAUCUGAGACAAGAAAAUAAUCUAAAUCGAACAAAAACCGAAUUCCAAUCAGAGGAUGAUUUUUCUUCGUCUUUUGAGAAGAUGGUUAAUGAUCAGCUGGGUCGUGAGGAAAAUUUGAACAAAGAUGAAAAGCCGAAUGAAAAUAUCUUCAAUUUAGAAGAAAUUGGACAUGAAUCAAAUAUUUUGGAUGAUGUGAAAAUGGUAAAGGACAGUAAAUCCAAGGGAAAAGGCCGGGAGGUGUCCCCAAACAAGGUAAAAAAUUGGAAAGACCUAAGCGUCAGAAAUAAAUCCAAAAUCUUUCCGUCUUCAAUUAACUCAACAAAGCCUGAUCAAAAAAGUAAUCCAAAGAAAACCCCUGUUCACAAUAAUAAAUCAUCCGAAAAGAACUCAGAACAAGUUCUGGAAAUAAAGUUUGACGGUACUUCGGAGUUUGUGGAGUUACCAUACAGCAAGAGACGAGUUCCUAUGAUUUUUAAGAGGAUGGUUCAUGUGAAGCACCUGCCAGUGGAUCCCAUGCUCAAAUAUAAUAAGCAGAAGUACCAGUUCUCUCUAGGAUUCAAGAUCACAGAAAUAGCCGAUAGCCAGAAAACGAACAGUGAUAAUGAACUCGAUAAGCAGCAUAGACUAUGGUGUCAGAUAGAAGCCCUGACAGGAGUGUUUGGAAUGAAAUUUCCAAAAUUAAUUAUAGAAAAUACCUUAUUCCCAAUUGUAACACGUGAAGAUUUGAAAAGGAUGAAGGAAGAGGCAUAUGAGUGGUGCGGAGAUGGAGAAAUCGUCCAUGAUCCAAAUGAACGCCUUUGGAACUGGGAGAGGUCUAUGGUUAAUAGUAAUCGCCUGCUAGGUAAGGAUGGCAAGCCUACAUUCAAUCCAGACUUGGACAUUCGAUACAUGUCUCAUUCGCCUGAUUUCGAACCGGAUUCCUUUGGUCCUGUUGAGUAUGACGAGCAGCUUAGAAAGCUUUUCAUUGAUUCUUCUUCCCAAGUCUCAGAUACUUCCGAUGACUCGUCUAUAUCGGCUUUGGAUUAUGAUGAGGAAAAUUUCCUCCAUUCUAAUUUUUGCCAUCCUCUUAAUAAUAAUCGAUUUAAUCAGUAUCGAUUGAAGAGGUUGUUGAAUAAAGAAGGAACCCUUUUAAAUGCAAAUAGAAUAUCACAGACUGAUUCUCAGCUAUUGGAUUUGAUGUAUCGAGACAUACUGAGCAAGAAACCGAAAUGCAAAAAUGGCCCCAAAAAACUAAAGAAGUCUUCCUCCUCAGACAAAAACGAGAGCGACUCAGACAGCAAAACAUCUUCUCUUUCAAAUUCGUCUCUAUCCAUGGUUGAGGAUGCGAUGAAUAGUGCCGUAGAGAUCAAUCCCAGCAAUUCCUAUUUCACUGUCGAGCCCUAUACGAAGAACGUGAAAUCUCAGAAGAAAUCCCGUGUCUUCAGACGCAGUUCUUCCACAAUAGAAAGAGAAGAAGAGAAGUGGAGGUACUAUUGGAGAAAAUCUCUUCGUGGUGGCUCCUCAGUGGAAGAGUCGCGACGAAUUUAUCGAGAAAUACUCCAAGAACUGGAGGAUGAACUUGAGGAAGUGGAAGAGGGUGAAGAAUUCCAUAGUUCAGAUCAGCCUAUUCAUAGGUCUUCGUCCAUUGACGCCCUUUCUGAAGCGAAACGCGUGAGGAAGAAAACUAAGGAUAUAAGAACUCGAUUUGUUAAAAGUUGGAUGAAUGAAGUCGAUCAAAUCGUUUAUCAUUUGCAAAAAGAUAUAUACGAUGAUUCUUUUCGGAGGAAGGUGGAUAAAAGCAUUCAGACCAGAGCGCCAACUCCGUACUGGGUAAGAGUAGGGAAGCCACGGAAAUCGCCUCCCGAGGAAUCACAAAUAGACAUUGGAACGAACUCCGAUGAAUCAGCUGAACUUGUAUCGCAAACAGAGAAGACGGCAGGCGAGCUGACUAAAUUAUCUUCGGAACUCUCUAACCAAGAAGACGAAAGUUGUCUGAAUGAAGUUGAGGGAAGUAUUUCAAGUUCAGCACAACAAGUGGAAGGAGAAGAAAAGGACGAAAACUCACAGGAAGAAAGCGAGGAAAGCCGUUUAAGCGAAUCGCAUAAGUUGGAAGAUGAGGAUUGGAGUUUGCAAGUUUACAUUGAAGGCAAAACAGCGGCUCAAUCCCAUUUGAAAGAUAGAACUGUGGAGGAACAAGGCAAUCUUCCACACCAAGAAACGGAUUCGAUUUUGCAAGACCAAGGCAUUGACUUCGCUCUCGAUCUAUCAGAACUUUCAGAGGAGGAGGACAUGGAAGAGAUGGUCUCAGAGGAUUCACAGCUUUCAGAAGAGGACGACUAUGAGAGCUCCAACUAUGAAUUUGACCAAAUUAAUCCAACAGAUAAAUCACUUUCUCUUUCAACCGAAGACACAAAAAUCUCCUUCCUCUGGACUAGCACAAGAUUAAUUCCCGCAAAAUUUUCACGCACAGAAGAUAUGCCAUCAAUAGAGAAGGCACGACCUGAGCCAACCGAUUCGAUACCUUUUAGAAUUUCGAAAGAGGAAGAGAAUGUCAGGGAUAAAACUGACACUAUUACUCGAAACGUAUCAGGGCGUUCGAAAAAAAGGAAAAUGCCGAAAUCGUUGCAAGAGUCGUCCGAACUGUUGUCAACACAAUAUCCAUUUACCUCUGUAAGAACACUGACUUCAAUGGAGAAAAUAUUGAAAGAUGCUGAUGAAGAGUCCCCGGAUAAACCAAGAGCCAAAUUUCAUUUUGCACCGAAUGUGGUAAUUGAGUCGGCCAAGUCAAGACCAAAGAGAAGAAAUCGAUAUCGCAAGCCAAUGCGUCUAUUGCAAAUCAAGAUAGCUGAAGGCGAAGAGCAUAAGAGGUCGAAGCCAAAAGUCGAUAAAGGUGUUCAAACUUUGAAGUAUAUUCCAAUAUGGAAGAGGUCGCCACCAAAUUUACCGAAGGCACUCGAAUAUGAACCCCCGCUCAAAGAAGCGAGGAAGAUAACUAGGCCAACUGAAUUAACUUCCAUGAUGAUAAAUGAGGACGAUAGACUCAUUGAAAGCAUCUUCGGCUUACCUCCAAUUUCAAAAAUUGAGAAGGCUAAUGACCUGGGGAAGCAGCAAAAGAAGGAAGCGAUUGAAGUUCAUGAUGGAAAAUUUAGAAAAAGGCUGGAAGAACGUGAUAAGAAUGCUCGUGAUGACUCCAAUCUUCCUUUGAAAGCAGGGAACGAUCCUGUUGAUUCUAAGCAAGCGGAGAAGACUGAAACAAUCGAUAGAACCGAGUUAGGCAAAAUUGUCUUAGAUCGACUGAAUAAAAAGUAUCCAUCAGCAACACUAAAUUGGAGAAAAUACCGUUCCCCAGCUACUCCUCGUUUAAAUAAGCCUUCUGAAUCACCGUCUCCACUUAGACAACCAAAAAUGUAUCAAGAAAUGGUUUCAUUUUUCGAAAAUAUGACUCGUUGGGAGAAAAUAUUAUUCGACUUCUCGUACAAGGGUUGGGAGCAUGCCGGCUAUGACUGGGAUAAAAUAAAAGAAGUGGUAUUUGAUCCUGAUGGUCAGUACUGGGCCGAUAUGUACGAUAACAUACGAGAGGAUGAGUACUUCGCCCAAUACGAAAAACAGCAUGUUAUUAAGGAUUUCAUGCCCAAGGCCGGAGAUCGAGGAAAAUUCGGUCUUGGAAGACGAUGUGCUAGUCUUGUAAAUGGAACAGUGAGCCUCUACUCGGGCCUCUUUAGAGCUGACCCCAAAAUGACAAGCAUAGAAAUGGUCUUAGAUGCCAUGUAUAAAGAUCGUCUAUUUGGCUUGCCUCUUUCCUUACAAGAUGCAGAUGAGAUGCGACACUAUUACACUAAUAUAAUCGUAAAAGACCCGAAGCUUUAUAGAUCAAUAAUGAAGAACCGAGAUUGUCUUCAACACGACCUUUUAGUAAUGGUACACAAUGUGCUUAAAGGUCUAAACAUAACUGAUAACGCACUUGCAGACAGGUAUCCAUGUAGGCAACAGACUCGGAUGAUUCAACUUGAGGCAAACAAGAAGUACGCCAGCAUUAUUUCACCAGAAGAAGGUAGAAAAAGAGGUGACAAGUCACGCUUAAAUUCGUUCAUCAAAAUCGGCGAGAAGCGACCGCAUGAAAUUUACUUUGAGAAGCAUUUUAAUGACGCGACAUCCGACUUUAGAUACCCACCAGCAGAACAGCUCAUAAUUGAUGCAGCUAUGGCAGUAGAUAUGGACAAAGAAGCAAGAAUCAAAGUUUACAAUCCUGCAAUGAACAUUAUUGAAGAUGCUAGAUUCCUUAAAAAAGACUUUGCAUUGUACGCUUACCCAUUAUUUGAAACCAAUUGGAGAGAUAUUGGCUACGAUAGGGAUUAUGAAAUAAUUCUUCCAGAGUUGAGAGAGCUUCGAGAUUUGCGACAACUUCGUCUGGAUAAGAUGAAGGCUCACAAGACUUUCACUAGAGAGGAGAACGAUGACUACGCACAGAAGUCUAGGAUGCUAUGCAAGGAUCUAGUUGACCGCGUCUGUAGAAUGCUCAAAUCGUCUAAAGAGAGAGGUCAGCACAAUGGCGUUUGGAAGUGCCUAUUGGCCUGCAUCCAUGGAAUUACAUUUUGGCGAGAAAUUGAGGACCGUCUUGUGGACAAUUUUAAAGAAUGGAUGCCAAUGUUGUUGGUCGGUCUGCUAAUUGACAACAAGCUGGUUCGACAGGAAGUUUGCUUUGUUAUAGCUCUCCUCGUUUCCAAUUAUCGUUUUAUAUCAAAAUUGCAUAAAGAAAGCAAGAAUCGGCUGAUUUCCAACUUGACUUUUGCUCUACUUGAUGCCAUCGAAGAACAUCCGGAGUCGUAUGUCUUUUAUCACGGCGUAUUGGCGUACCUUCUGCAUUCGGUGCCUUGUAAUGCAACUCUUCUGGCUAUUUUAACCUGGGUUCCAGAGAUUAUGGAUCGUGGUGAUGAGGGUGCUUUGGCCAAAGAUUGGCCGCUUUUCAUCUACUACGUGGCAAAACACUGGCCCCAAAGUGCCAUUAGAUGGAGAUACAACCACGAGGAAAAAAUUUUGGAAUUGCUGGAACGUGCACUAUUGCGUCCAAUAUCCAAACGCAAUGCCCAGUUAGCCCUUAAAUACGUCCGAAGAAUUGAUUUGCAGCUUCAGAGGGAAUCCAGUGGUACAGAUGUUUACAAAAUCAUUGGAGGUUUAAAUCCAUGUUUAUUCGAACAACUGAUUGAACUACGCCUCAGUGGAAAAUGUGGAGAAGAUAGUCUAUUCUUAAAUUUCUUCGUUCAAAGAAACUCAGAAUUACGCUUUCUAACCUUGGCUCGAGUUCACCCACAAGCACUAGAUAAAAUUCUUCAAGGCACACCAAAACUCCGCUCUCUUACGUUAGAGGAUCCUAGUUUGGAAAUUGCUGCCAUAUCCAAAAGCAUAUUGAACGCAAAAUUAACAAAUUUGGAAGUUUUGGUUUCUCCUGAAAGCAAGAUGGAUGAGGUGGAUGACGAUGUUGUUGAAAAAUGCUUUGCCUCCUUGAAUCGUUUGCGAGUCUUGAAUCUGUCUGGCUCUUCUGGGAAGCAUGGAGAAAGGAUUUUGAUGUCGAUUUUGAAUGGUCUCGGUUCUGUUGAAGAACACGUUUACGGACAACUUGAAUUAACUGUUACUUACUUUGGUUUGAAAGAAAAGCCCAAUACAGUAGACUACUUAACUUCUCUCGCAAUCACAAUUAAAGAAACAGGUGAUAAGAAUGGUACCCUCAAAAAAUUUUUGUCUAGUUUUCCGAAUCUUGAGUCUCUUACUGUUGGCGGCGAGCCUAAGUCAACUGGGAAAACUUUGAGUCAACUAGCAGAUGCCCUAACUUCUAAGGAAUGUUCCGUAAGCAACCUGAUAUUGCGAAGAAUCUGUAAUGAGAACGAUCUCAGCGAAUUUCUAGGAAAGUUGGUUGAAAAAGACAAGAAGCUGAAAUUCCUUGAUAUUCGCGCCUUUCUCCUGAGUGAUGACCAAACAAAAUACCUUCCGGAAUUGAUUAAGGCCGCAGAUCCAAAUGAACCUUUCAGCCUUUUCUUCAAGUACUUCAGUCUGAGAAAACAUGCAGGCUACACUGGCCAAGUUGAUGCUAUGGUGAGACGCAAAUGGCCAUCUUUGAAGGUCUGUCUCCCGUAUCAACUCUACGUUGCAAAGAAUGGCCGGGCGAUAGUUCAUAUGGAGUUCACAAAGGUUCAACUUGAGGACUCAGAGAAAUCUGUUCGUUCGGAAGUCCCAAGUUCACGAAGACUAUUGGAACUUGAGAAGUUUGAAGGAUCAGUUCUAAACCCCUCUAAAGAAUUCUCCGAAUUGAGUUCGAAGCUCACAAACAUGGCCAUGAAGACUCAUAGAAAAAUGCCGAAAAGUAAUUUGGAACAACUUGAACUCCUCUAUCCAAAAGUGCUUCAAGCGAAAAUUAGCCUAGAAGAGUAUCGAAGGUUGUCUUCGUUACAAACCAAUUUGCUUGAAACAGUUCUCGAUCCAGAACAAUGCGACCAAAGCUUUUCCAAAGUACUCGAUGACAUUAAAAGCGCUAUUGAGAGUUCAGUGGAAUCGAUGUACACAGUCUGCUCUCAGCAAAUGAAAGAAGUUACUUACAACGAGAGCCCUCGAACAUUCACGCCGCUUCUUAGCUUCCAAUUCAAUUCAAAUGUUGAAACCCAGAAAAUCAUAGCCAACUUUGUACACCAAGAACUUGGGGACUCCCUUCGCACAAUGAUCAUGGAUUUGCGGGUCAAAGUUGCUGAGAAAAUGCUUACUUUCAUGAUGGAAUCGUUGGAAAAAGAGUUUGCGAAUUGCCUCGAAGGUUUCCCUUCGAAAACGGCUCUUGAACCCUUGCAACCUGCUCGUGAGGAUGGUGAAUAUGUAACUGCUCAUAUUUUUAAGCCCACUUCUGCAACUUCUCCGUCAUUGGCGCUGCCUCUAAACCAAUCAUUGGAAGGUAUUUCUCAUUAUAGGCCUUCUUCUAUAAUGUCUGUCUCCUGGCAGUACCUUGCCUCUAACUUCGUCGAAAAACCCAGACCUGAGACUAUAGUUGAUGAGAGACUGGGUAGACCAGCGCUACGACAAAGGCGGCCACAACGCACUCAAACGACGGAGAAGGAGAACCUCAACAAACCGGUUGACUCACCCUAUCUCACUGGUAAGCCAGCUGCGUUGCAACAAGUGGAGAUCACCUACGAGGCCCUGAAGAGUCAGCUUGCUAAACCCAACGACGCACCUGCCCCUAAAACUAUGUUUCAAAUAAUGCCAAAUGAAGUAACUGCUGAAAUUUCAAAAAUCAAGGAACUUAAGAAAGUGGACUAUUCAUCUACUCCUAACGCCAACAUUUCAAAGAACUCUGAACCCGUAGAGCAAGUGCGGAUGAGGAUUAAAGAAAAAGAUAAACCGCCUUCACUAGUAGAGGAGCUAAGGUCUCAAUUCGAGCAAAGCGAAAAGAAAGGAAAUGACCUUAACCACUAA